GUGAUCACGCUAUUGUGAACGCGGCACGGAGAGUAUAAAAAGCGCGCGCACCGAAUCGCGUUCACGACUCGCAGCAAAGUUCUUUCUCAGGUGAUUUUAGUUGGUCUGUCUAUCAACAUGAGGGCUGUUGUUGUGGUUCUUGCACUGGCAGUUAUUGCUGGCUGCCAUGCUCGCGCUGUGCUCCGGGCUGAAGAGCCUGUGGUCAAAUGGGAAGAGACCGUGGACCAAUUCUGGAAGUUCUUCUCAGAGCUUAACACUCAGAGUGAUUCUAUGGUAGAGAACAUGAAGAGCUCCCAGCUCAGCAAAGAACUUGACACUCUGAUCUCUGACACCAUGGCUCAGCUGAAUGUGUACAGGGAGAACAUUGAGACCAAACUGGGCCCCUAUGCUACGGACACCUCAGGCCAGCUGAAGGGGGAGCUGGAUCUGCUGAUCAACAAGCUGCAGAAUGACAUGACUGAUGCCAAGCAGCGCUCCACCCAGUACCUACAGGAGCUGAAGACCAUGGUGGAGCAGAAUGCAGAUGAUGUCAAGAACCGCAUCAACACAUAUACUCGUAAGCUCAAGAAACGCCUGGGCAAGGACACCGAGGAGAUCCGCAACACCAUGGCCACUUACCUCGGUGAGCUGCAGUCCCGUGCUGGGCAAAAUGCUGAGACAGUAAAGAGCCAUCUUGAGCCCUAUGCCACGCAGGUAAAAGAUGACUUCAGCAAGAAGUUGGGCACCAUCACCGAGAUUCUGGAAAGCCAGGGACAGGGUGUAAGCCAGCAGCUGGAGGAACAGGCCUUCGAGUUGAAAAAGCAGCUGGAGCAGACCGCUGACAGCCUGCGCGCUUCCCUCGAGGGCCGCAUCGAGGAGCUCACCAGCCUCAUGAAUCCCUACACCGAGAAGUUCCGUGAACAGCUCCAGAUUGUCAUGGAUAAGAUCAAAGAGGCCUCAGCUGCUGUCCCUGCCCCAUUGUAACAACACAAAUGAUAACACAAUGUACCAAACACAAGCAGAGAAAGUGGUGGCAAUAUUAGUUUGAUAAAAUUUGUUACUGAUGCUUUAUAGUCUUCAUGGUGUGACAGGGAAGCGAGAAAGUGGAAAGGGAAAAAACUGGACAUGGCUUCUUAAUGACACAUGGAAUACUGUAAUUAAUCACCAUGUGGGCUUUCCUCAGUAUUAAUCCACUCAAUGAUGCUUCUUAAUGUGCAAUAGUAUAAAUACUUGGCUAGUCUUGUCUCUCAAGUCUUUUAGAUUGCAUAUACCUUAGGUGUGCAUUUUGGGUUGACCGCAGGUUUAAAAAAAUGUCUUCAUAAUACAACCAAACCUCAUGGAAUAUUGUCCACCAUUUCAAUUAUAAGAUCUACAAAUAAAUGUGACAGCUCUUUCUGAACCUGUAUGCAAUAAAAAUGGGUAAUGGAUCAAA